UUUUUCUGCCAAAUAAUUUUAUUUUUUAAUAUUUAUAUAACAUGUGUGAUUAAUAUGUAGAGAUAAAAAGUUAUUUAUUUUUGAAAUACCCAAGCAUUCAAGAAAUAUAUAGCGAAUAAAAGUGUGCGAUAAAUAUAUAUUUACAUUUUAAUUUAAAUCACAAUUAUAAUAAAACAGUACUGAAUUUAAUUAAAAAUGAAGCAGCGUUUUAAUACCUACGAUAUAGUCUGUAGCGUUACAGAACUACAAAGGCUUAUUGGCAUGCGAGUAAAUCAGGUAUAUGACAUCGAUAACAAAACUUACUUAAUAAAAUUGCAAAGAACAGAAGAAAAAUGUGUUUUAUUACUGGAAUCUGGAAAUAGAUUUCACACAACUGCAUUUGAAUGGCCUAAAAAUGUAGCACCUUCAGGGUUCAGUAUGAAGAUGAGAAAGCACUUGAAGAACAAAAGGCUUGAGUCAUUGAAACAAUUAGGAAUGGAUCGGAUUAUAGAUUUACAAUUUGGGAGUGGAGAAGCUGCUUAUCAUGUUAUUUUAGAAUUAUAUGACCGCGGUAAUAUUAUUCUCACAGACUAUCAAAUGACUAUUCUGAAUAUUCUAAGGCCACACACUGAAGGUGAAGCUAUAAGACUUGCUGUGAGAGAAACAUAUUCUGUAGAACGUGUGCGGAACCAUAAUGGAGCACCCACUUUGGAAGAAUUAAAAGAAAUAUUUAAAAAAGCUCAACCCGGUGAUAAUUUAAGAAGAGUGUUAAACCCUCAUUUAGUUUAUGGCCCAGCUAUACUAGAUCAUGUUUUGAUAUCAAAAAAUUUGUCACAUCUAAAAAUCAAAGGCCAGCAGAAAUCCAAAGACAAUUCUAAGAAGAAUAAGGGCAAAGAAAAGGAAUCUAAAACGAAAGAUAAAAAAAAUCAGAAAAAGGGCAAGGCAUUUGACAAAGUAGAAAAUGAAAAUAUAGAGCCUGAACCCAACAAGGAAGAAUUUAAUGAGAAAUGUAUACAAGAAAAUACAAGUUUAGAAGAUAAUGAUCCUAAUAUAUUUAAUAUAGAUAGGGAUGUAGUAAAUUUGCAUGAAGCUUUGUUAUUAGCAGAAGAAUUAUUGCAGAAAGCAAAAGAAAGCGUGUCAAAGGGUUACAUUAUACAAAAGGAAGAAAUGAAAUCAACUCAAAAUUCAGAAGAUAAUAUUUAUUACAGUAAUCAGGAAUACCAUCCAUUUUUAUUUAAGCAACAUGAAACAGGACCAUAUAAAGAACUUUUGUCGUUUGAUGUAUGUGUUGAUGAAUUUUAUUCAGCAUUAGAGGGCCAAAAAAUAGAUUUGAAGGCAAUGCAACAAGAACGUGAAGCAUUGAAAAAGUUAAGUAAUGUCAAAACAGAUCAUGAGAAACGACUGCGCGAGUUAGAAAGUACUCAAGAAAUGGACAAACAUCGAGCAGAACUUAUUACUCGCAAUCAACAAUUAGUGGAUGACGCUAUAUUAGCUGUCCAGACUGCAUUAGCCAAUCAGGUUCCUUGGCCCGAGAUCCAAUCAUUGCUCAAAACAGCCCAAGCUAACAAUGACCCAAUUGCAAGCUCAAUUAAACAAUUAAAAUUAGAAAGCAAUCAUAUUUCUAUGAUUCUACUAGACCCAUAUACAGAAUUCAUGUCUGAUGAUAGCGAUGUUGAUGCAGAAGAAAAUACAAAUGAAUUACCAAAAAAAAUGAUUGUCGAUAUUGAUUUAGGACUCAGUGCUUAUGCUAAUGCUAGAAGAUACUAUGAUCAGAAAAGAAAUGCAGCCAAGAAGCAACAGAAAACGAUUGAAUCGCAAGGUAAAGCAUUGAAAUCUGCUGAAAAGAAAACUAAGCAGACAUUAAAAGAAGUUCAGAUGAUGACAACAAUAAGUAAAGCUAGGAAGGUUAUGUGGUUUGAAAAAUUUUACUGGUUUAUCAGUUCAGAAAAUUAUUUGGUGAUUGGGGGAAGAGAUCAACAACAAAAUGAACUUAUUGUAAAGCGAUACUUGCGGGGAUCAGAUGUGUAUGUCCAUGCUGAUAUUCAAGGUGCUUCAUCAAUUGUCAUAAAAAAUAAUUCUGAUGAUCCUAUACCUCCAAAAACAUUGAAUGAAGCAGGUGUCAUGGCUAUAGCAUACAGUGUUGCUUGGGAUGCAAAAGUUGUAACUGCGGCUUGGUGGGUACAUAGUAACCAAGUUAGUAAAACUGCUCCUACUGGUGAAUAUUUGACUACUGGUAGUUUUAUGAUUAGAGGUAAAAAGAAUUAUUUACCACCUUGCCAAAUGGCCAUGGGGCUCAGUUUUCUGUUCAAGUUAGAAGACAGCUCUAUUGAUAGACAUAAAGGUGAAAGAAGAGUUCGAGUUUUAGAAGAUGAAUCAAAUUCAAAAUACCUAACAGCAAUUCCUGAGCAUGAAAUUGAACUCAGUGAUGGUGAAGGUGAUAGCAGCCAAUCAGAACAAGAUAAUUGUGAGAAAGUGUCACAUGAACAUGUGAUUACUGAAAUUCAAGAAGAAAUUGUUUCAGUUACAAAACAAUUUCCUGACAUACAAAUCAAGGUUGAUCAUAAUACAGGACACGUUGCAAUAGUUAAUAAAGAUGAAAACAUUGCAUUCAAGCAGAAAUGUGAUAUGCAAGAAGAAAAUGUCAUAUACCUCGGGGAUGAUAAGCCUAUUGUCAUUAAACCUUCAGUAAAAGCAAAAAAUAAAUCUGGUCAAAAGAAAUCAGAUAACACAAAAGCAAACAUAGAAGAAAAUAGUGAGAAUGAAAAUAUGAGAAAAGUAGGAAAUCAGAAUGUCAAGCGAGGACAGCAUGGAAAAUUGAAAAAAAUGAAAGAAAAAUAUAAAGAUCAGGAUGAAGAAGAAAGGCGUCUACGUAUGGAAAUAUUGAAGUCUGCAGGCACAGCAAAAGAAAUGAAAAAAUCGAAGAAAAAUAUGUCCAAGGGUUCAACUGACCACAGUAAAAUUAAACAACAGGCAACGAAGAAUAUACAAAGCAAUGAUAUUGUAACUAGCUUUUACCAAAAUAAGGAAUUUGUGCAGUUGGAAGGAGAAGCUGAAGCACAAGUUGGUGAAAGUAAUGAACAAGCAGAUCGAAAUGAACGUGAUUCUGGUGAAUUGCAAUUAAUUUUAGAUUCUCUAACUGGCCAACCACUUGAAGAAGAUGAAUUGUUAUAUGCAGUUCCAAUUAUUGCACCUUACAAUACAUUAACAACAUACAAGUUUAAAGUAAAACUGACUCCUGGAACAGGCCGAAGGGGGAAGGCUGCUAAAACAGCAGUUGCAAUGUUUGUCAGAGAAAAAGCUUGUACACAAAGAGAAAAAGAUUUAAUUCGUGCAGUUAAAGAUGAUGUUCUAGCUAGAAACAUACCUGGGAAAGUUAAGCUAUCAGCUCCUCACUUACACAAGCAUAAGUAA